AAAGUAUCACAGAAUAGUCAGUUGUUUUUCGUGUUCAACGCCCGACUGACGUGCCACCAUCACCCACUAACAUCCGCGUUCAAAAAUAGAAUCAAUCAAAUAAAAAACGUAUACCUACUUACCUAGUUAUUUCUCGGAGUAACUGUUUACAUUUUGCGCCAGUAUGAAGCUGUACAAACUGGACGGCAGCCCGCCGGCGCGGUCCGCCAUGAUGGCGGUGGAGGCGCUGGGCCUGGCCGUGGACGCCGUGGACUGCGAUCUGCUGAAGGGAGAAAACACCUCGCCUGAGUACAUGAAGAAAAAUCCUGUUCACACAAUUCCUUUACUGGAAGACGGAGACCUUACAAUCCACGACAGUCACGUAAUUGUCACGUAUCUUGUCGAUAAAUACGCCAAAGACGACUCUCUAUACCCAAAGGAUAUCAAGAAAAGGGCUCAAGUAGACCAGAAGCUCUACUUCGACGCCACCAUUCUGUUCCCCAGACUCCGGGCCGUGACUUACCCAAUGAUAGCGGAAGGCCUCACCAAGCCCACUGAGAAGAUGCUGAGCCAGAUCGAGGAGGCAUACUCCAUGCUGGACGCCUUCCUGUCCGGCUCCAAGUGGCUGGCUGGAGACUCCAUGACCGUAGCCGACAUCUGUGCGGUUGGUUCCGUCACCGGCCUCAACCAUAUCGUGCCGCUGGAUGCCGCUAAGUACCAGAACGUUGCAGCAUGGCUGAACAACAUGAAACAGCAGCCAUUUGUAAAAUCGAAGAAUGAGCCAGGAGACACUUUCCUCGGUCAAUGGAUCGCUUCCAAGUUAAAUUCUUCGUAAUUUCACUUUAAGUAGUUACAGUUUUAUGUUUAAAUUCCAUUAACCUCAUUCAAUUUUUUGUAAUGUCUGCCUGCGUAAGUCUGUCUUACUGUUAUGAAUGAAUACACAUAUAUUUUUGCUAAGUUUUAUGCAGAACUGUAGUGUGAAUCACAGUUCGUCCCAUACAAGCCGCUAAGGAAAGUUACAGCGUAGAACAGCUGUUGUGUGUUUUGCAAGAAAACUCUCGUCAUGAUUAUAUUUGUUGUGACGGUAAA